AGUUGUCCCUAAACGCUGAUUCAGUGAAGUCGUUUACGCGAUAAGUUUACUGUGUGAAAAAGAAAUAAAAGUUUCGUCAGCCUUUAGGUGGAAUUCCCUCUAUUGGUUGUCCGAAAUCGGCAACAUACAUUUGUUUAACACCAACAUUUGUCUUUGCUUUACCAAAUAAAUGAUGUUUGAGGUGCCGUUACUCAUUGACAGCAAUAUAGAACUUGGUACUACCAAAGACACUAGAAUAACAAGAUGCGUAACGGCCAUACAUUGGUUUGGCACUAUGCAGCCACUUUUUUGGUGACGGCCAAAAUUGCUCUCUUUCCGCUCGCUCACGCGCCCUUCUUAUUAUAAUUUUAAAGCUGUUUAAAUUUGUUUGUUAAAAUCGCCGCUCGAAUUAUCUACCGUUUACACAUUUAUAUUUAUGUUUAAUUCUAAUUUGUCUCUCAUCUGACAAUUUUUUAAAAGCGAAAUAAUUUUUUUGAAACACUUUUAAUGUUAAUGUUACAUCAUAUUAGGUCAAAUGAUUUAAUAAAUAUACUAAAUAAUUAAAUAUGAUAACUGUUUAUUGCAAAAGUAAUAUCAAAGACACUAGAAUUAUUCUAGUGUCUUUGCUUUGUUCAUAUCUUGAGGCACGAAAUGCGGACACAAGCACUCAACAAUCAUUGCCUUAUUAAUUUUUCACACGCCGCAAGAUGAAUACUCUAAUGACAAAUAUUCUUAUAUAAAGUCAUUUUUGAAAUUGAUUUUUGUGAUAAUAUGUACAUAGAUUUGGCUUUUUCUAAUCUAUUUUCAAAUAAUAAUAACGUUAAGGCAAUGUAAAACAAGAAUUUUUCGCAUGGUGCCAAUUGAUCAAAAAUAAUAUAGAUUUAAAGUCUAAGAACUUCUACGGUGAAGGGCAUAUUUUGUCAAAUUUACAAUGCAUGAGCAUACGUGUGCACACAUAAAGUUGUCUGCUAUCACUGUAUGCGUAGAAAAGAGCGGUUCGCUGUAGCGCUCUUCGCUCUCUCGCUCUCUAACAAAAAUUCGAGAGAGCCUGGAGCCACCUCUAGAGCCACGGCCAAAAAAUUGUGUGCCAAAAAAAUUGUAUGGCGUUACGCAUCUUGUUAUUCUAGUGUCUUUGGUACUACCAACAAUUCACCUUUAGUGCAAUCGCAAAUGUUUUUGGCGAGAUAAGGAGUUGUUGAAAAGCUUUGUUUGGUAUAUAAAGAGAAACUAAGCGGCAAAACGAUCAGUGUUAAUACAAACCUAAUCAAGAACAGUGCACAGUCGCAAUGUUGUUUACAAUCGCCCUUGUGGGCGUGGUUUUGGGCUUGGCCUACAGUUUGCAUAUAAAAAUCUUCUCAUAUUGGAAGAGGAAAGGUGUUCCACACGAGACACCUCUGCCUAUAGUUGGCAACAUGAGGGGAAUCGUGAAGAAGUACCACUUCCGCGAUAUCAACCAAAGAAUUUAUAAGAAGUUUAAGGGGCAGGGUCCCAUCGCCGGAAUGUACAUUCUUUAAGCGAACCGCCUUGAUCACCGAUCUAGAUUUCAUCAAGCAGGUGAUGAUCAAGGACUUCAGCUACUUCCAGGAUCGUGGCGCUUUCACCAAUCCCCGAGACGAUCCCCUCACGGGCCACCUGUUCGCCCUCGAGGGCGAGGAGUGGCGAGCGAUGCGGCACAAGCUGACGCCCGUUUUCACCUCCGGAAAGAUUAAGCAGAUGUCGAAGGUGAUCGUGGACGUGGGUCUUCGCCUGGGCGAUGCCAUGGACAAGGCGGUGAAGGAGGCCAAAGUGGAGGAGGGUAAUGUGGAGAUUAAGGAUCUCUGUGCCCGGUUUACCACGGAUGUCAUCGGAUCGUGCGCCUUCGGGUUGGAGUGCAACAGUCUCCAGGAUCCAAGCGCCGAGUUCCGACAGAAGGGUCGCGAAAUAUUCACAAGACGUCGUCAUUCCACGCUAGUGCAAUCCUUUAUCUUUACCAACGCCAGGCUGGCUAGGAAGUUGCGAAUAAAAGUGCUCCCCGAUGAUUUGACCCAGUUCUUCAUGUCGACGGUUAAGAACACCGUUGACUACCGCCUCAAGAACGGCAUUAAGCGCAAUGACUUCAUCGAACAAAUGAUAGAGCUUCGAGCGGAGGACCAAGAAGCUGCCAAAAAGGGUCAGGGUAUCGAUCUCUCCCACGGCCUGACCCUGGAGCAAAUGGCUGCCCAGGCCUUCGUGUUCUUUGUGGCCGGCUUCGAGACAUCCUCCAGCACCAUGUCCUUGUGCCUGUAUGAGCUGGCCUUGCAACCGGAUAUUCAGCAGCGGUUGAGGGAGGAGAUUGAAAGUGUGCUAGCCAAUGUGGACGGCGGGGAGCUUAAUUACGACGUUCUCGCUCAAAUGACGUAUUUGGAUCAAGUGCUGUCGGAAACUCUUCGAAAGCACCCACUGCUUCCCCAUCUCAUUCGAGAGACUACUAAAGACUACCAAAUUCCCAACUCAGAUAUUGUGCUAGACAAGGGCAUUCUUGCCCUGAUUCCGGUGCAUAAUAUCCACCACGAUCCGGAGAUAUAUCCCGAGCCGGAGAAGUUCGAUCCCAGUCGCUUCGACCCGGAGGAAGUCAAGAACCGCCAUCCGAUGGCCUAUUUGCCCUUUGGCGAUGGACCAAGGAACUGCAUUGGUCUGCGGUUCGGUAAGAUUCAGGCUAAGAUUGGGCUUGUGUCGCUGCUUCGACGAUUCAAAUUUUCUGUAUCAAAUCGCACUGACGUUCCUUUGAUUUUUUCGAAAAAAUCUUUUCUGUUGACUACCAAUGACGGCAUUUACCUAAAAGUCGAACGCGUUUAAAUGUGUAAAUUAUCUGAAAUUAAAAAAAUAAAAGAUAAGAAGCGUAAAGUACACCUGAAAUAUUUGGAAAGUUAUUUAUUGAAAUAUUUUGUUAAUGUCCAAACUGUGACCGAAACUUUGUUAAUUAAAUACAAAAAAUGCCCGCGGCUAAAUCAGAUACCAAAUC